AUGCAUAUGAUAUUCAUAGACUUGGAAAAAGCGUUUGAUCAUGUCCCCCGAGAUCCCAUAUGGGAAUCACUCAGGCAGCAAAAAGUACCAGAAUACUACAUUUACCUGAUACAGGACAUGUACGAAGCGAUCAUCACCCAAGUUGUUAACCCAGCAGGUAAAGGCGACAGGUUUGAAAUAGAAGUAGGAGUUCAUCAAGGUUCUACACUGAGCCCAAUACUUUUCAAUACUCCUAUGGAUUACUUGACGAAACACUGUCAAAAGCCGCUACCGUGGAACUUACUUUAUGCAGAUGAUGUGGUUUUAAUCUCGGACAACGUCGACCACCUACAACAAGACUUAAAUACCUGGGUAGAAGCGCUUGAAGCCAACGGUUUGAAGAUAAGUAGGAAGAAAACCGAACAUAUGUCCUGUAUCUUUGACAGUUUAACAGACCCUAAAACUAUCAACAUCUCGAUAGGACACACGCCAAUACCCAGAGUGUCGGCGGAAUUUAAAUAUUUAGGUUCGAUAGUGUCCAACGACGGCAAAAUUGAUAGGGAUGUUACUCACCGGACCACUACGGGCUGUAUGAAAUAG